AUGAAAUUGAGUUGGUAUUCAUGCGAGUUUUCAAAACAACAGAUACUUUUAAAGAUGAUGACAAUAGUUGAAAAAGCAGUAUGGAUAUGGUGUGCAGGAGUUGUAUUGGCAAUGGUAGCAUUCAACAUUACACCAUUGUUGGAGAUUGUACCUUGGUUUCAUGUGACAUUGGGAUGCAAUACAUUUAUCUUUUUCCUCGAGUUGUAUCUUGAUAUUCGACAAUCGUUUACGAUGCGUCAGUAUCGUAGUCCGUCGGCAAACUGGACCGAUGUACAAUACCACAUUGAAAACAUAUUGGGGUUGUUGAACUUUUCGAGAACCGAGUCUACCAUUGGCUUUAUACUGGAAUGUAUCGUGUUGCAAACCGGUGUACUCCCUCUUCUCUACCAUUUCAACGCCAAGGUAUUUGAUCGUCUCGGUGUCACCUCUAGUCACGAGGUCACUCGAGGUAUAUCAUACCUACUACUCAUCAGUCUUGCCUCUUCACUCAUUCGUCUACCAUUUGAAAUGUAUCGUGUUGGUCUUGUUGAUCGUGCAGAUCAAAUUAAACAACAAGAAGAAAAAGAACAAAAAGAACAACAACAACAAAAUGAACAAAAAGAAGAAAACAAAGAAGAAGAAAAAGAAGAAGAAGAAGAAGACAACAAAGAAAACAAACAAGAUAUGAAUAGAAAGAAAAGUAAUAAUUGGUUUAGACAAUUAAUUAUUGAUCAAAUCAAGAUGUUUUUGGUAUCAUUAUUAAUUGGAUGUCCAUUGUUGGCUAUUACAUUGGCAUUGUUUUAUCGAGCAUUCCCAUAUCAAUGGUUAUUUAUCAUUAUGUUUGUAUCGACCGUCGCUCUAUUCUUUUCCGACAUGUACCCUUCGCUUGCUUUCCUUUUCAAUAACUUUUCGGUUUUGGAAGAGGGAGAGUUAAGAAGUGAAAUCUUGGAAUUGGCUGAAAAACUUGGUGCUCCCGUUCAUCAAAUCUACACCAUCGACGGAAGCAAAAGAGUUUCACAUUCCAAUGCUUUCCUUAUGGGUUUUUGGAAAAGUUCAUUUGUACUUUACGAUAACCUAGUAAAACAAUUAUCAACCGAUGAAAUAUUAUCAAUUAUUUGUCAUGAAAUUGGUCAUCAUAAAUUUAAACACUCAUUUAAACAUUUAGCAAUCCAAAUUAUAUUUUUGGGUAAUUUUAUUUAUUUAUUUUCAAGUGUAGUUAAUUUGGAAGUAUUUUAUACUAGUUUUGGGUUUAGUAGAGUCGAUGCAAGUGUUGGAUUGGUACUCUUUUCCUAUCUCUACAGUACUUUUGCAAACUUGCUUCGAUUUGUCACCAAUUUAAUUAGACGUGACUUUGAAUAUGCCGCCGAUCGUUUUGCAAUCGUCAAUGGCCUACAAAUGAAAAAGGCACUCUUGUCAAUGCAUGGCCCUGGAACCUACAUCAAACCCGAUAAAUAUUUUUCACUCUAUUAUUAUUCUCAUCCAUCUCUAAUGGAAAGAUUAGAUUCAAUUGAAUUAAUUACAAAAUCUUUAGAACAACAAGAAAAAGAAAAAGAAAAAGAUGGUGCAAAUUUAAUGACAAAUAAUAAUAAUAAUAAUAAUAAUAAUAAUAAUAAUAAUAAUAAUAAUAAUAAUAAUAAUACUACUAAUAAUACUCAACAAGACAUUAAAGAUAAAGUAGAAUAA